CCUAAUCGCAAAUCGCAAACACAACAACAGAGCAUUAUGAAUCCAGAAGAUCUUCUUCAACCUCUCUUAAUCACCCAAACACGGAAGUGCACUCUUGGCUGCCCACUUCUAGAUCGCCUCCUCGCCGGCGGCGUCCCUUGCAACUCUGUAACCGAGCUAGUCGCCGAGAGCGGCUGCGGAAAAACCCAAAUCUCCCUCCAACUCCUCCUCACUGCCCAGCUCCCUUUCUCCCUCGGCGGCCUCUCCGCCUCCUCUCUCUACCUCUACUCCGAGCCUCCUUUCCCUCUCCGCCGCCUCCGCCAGCUCUCCCUUUCUUUCCCCGCUCUUCACAACCCCUUGGAUAAGAUCCUCACCCACCCACUUCACUCUGCAUACCACCUGCUCGACCUAUUGCCCCGCAUUGACUCCAUUCUAUCCCGCCCCCCAGCACCCCUUUCCCCUAUCAAGCUAGUGGUUAUUGACUCCAUAGCCGCGCUAUUUCGCUAUGAAUUCGAGAACAAGCCGCGGGAGCUUAAGCAGAGGUCGGAUUUGUUCUUCAAGAUUUCGGGGAAAUUAAAGGAGCAAGCGAGGAGGUUUGGUUUGGCGGUGUUGGUGGUUAACCAGGUUGUGGAUGUGGUGAAUGCUUCUGAAUCGAUUCGGAUUGGCAAUUUGCCUUCGCUGUACACUUCUGGAAGGAAUGUGUGUGCUGUUCUGGGAUUAUCCUGGGCGAAUUGUGUGAAUACGAGGUUGUUUUUGUCCAAGCAUGAGGAAAGAGUGGGUGAAGAUGGAGAUGGGUGUGCUCUUAUGCAGAAAAGACAGUUUAUGCGCGUUGUGUUUUCCCCCUAUCUGCCUGAUUCUUCCUGCGAAUUUGUUAUUAGAAAAGAAGGGGUUUUUGGAGUUGAAAGGUAGCCAUUCCGUUUCAACUUUCAAUGAUAUGAGGUCAAGUAAUGUACAAACCCACAGUUUACUCAACAGGCAGGGCAUAUUUUCAACCCCAAAAAGACAAGGAAAAAUAACCUCCAUUCAGUCAAGAGCCUUGAAGGAUAGAUCUUUUGAUUAUGAAGAAGGAAGCAUUAUUAGCAUCGACCACUUAUCAACGCAUGCAUGUGCUUUUUGGCAGACGCAGUAGGUUGUUCUGACACUUAAUAUCACAUUUUCAAGCAUUC